GAGGAGCAAAGAUGGCGGUCCUGGCCUAUAGCCUGGGCAAACGCGAAAUAAAUCAACAUUUCACCAUUAAAAAUGCCAAAUUAAUAUCGCUAGUAGUCGUUAUUUUACUCCUUGUGUUUCACACAGCUUCGCGAUAUUAUGGAGGUGGAGACUCAUGUGAAUGGCUGCUGUCCAGAGGACGUUACUUGGGGGAGAAUGUAUGGCAGCCUUAUGGCUGUAUGAUGCACAAAUACAAAAGCAUUGAAGCCAAAACAUGCCUUGCUGAAAAGCGGGUGGCCUUUGUUGGUGAUUCACGAAUCAGGCAGCUAUUUUACUCCUUCAUCAAAAUUAUUGACCCUGAGCGAAGAGAAGAAGGAAACAAGCAUGAGGACAUUUCCUUUGAAGAAGAGAGUUCUGCUGUGAAUGUGGACUUCCUUUGGUAUCCAGAGGCAAAUAAUUCGAUGAAGGAGCGCUUGAUAUCAUGGACACAUGAAGCUUCAGCUAAGCCAGAUGUUGUCAUCCUUGGAGCUGCCACAUGGUCCAUCAAGUUGCACAGUGGCAGCAGCGAGACCCUGCAGCAGUACAAAGUCAACCUGACAGCCAUUGCUGUGCAUCUAGAGAGGCUGGCUGACCAUGGAGAGGUCUACUGGGUACUGCAAGACCCAGUAAAUGAGGAGGUGUUGAGUGAGAACAGGAAAAUGAUCACCAACCAGCAGCUGGAGCUGUACAAUGAAGCAGCAGCAGAUGUGCUCAACAGCAGCAAGCGUAACGGCAGGUCCAGGGUCAAGCUGUUGGCCGCGUCGCGUCAGGCGGCACUGGAAACGAUCACCCUGUCAGACGAUGGCUUGCACCUGCCUGAGAGCACCAGGAACGUGGGGGCCAUGGUCCUCAUGAACUCUGUGUGCAACAAGCUACUGAGGCCCAUAGAUGGAUCCUGCUGCCAAACGUUACCACCCCCAAACUUCCUCCAGAAAUUGUCAGCGUGUUUCUUCCUGGGCUCAGCCCUGGUCUUCCUGAUCCUCCACGUCCUUGGCAACAACCGCCACCGCCGACCUGUGCCCCCUGAUGUGGAGAGCCUAGAGGAGAAGAAGCCAGCGACUGCAGCUGUCCCCUUGGGCCCGAAGGCGCCCUUCCAGGCGCUCUGCAGGAUGGGCAUCAUCAUGGGCUAUUUUUACCUUUGUGAUAGAGCAGAUGUCUUCAUGAAAGAGCAGAAGUUCUACACACACUCCACAUUCUUCAUCCCUCUCAUCUAUAUAUUUGUCUUGGGAGUGUUUUACAGUGAGAACAGCAAGGAGACCAAAUUACUCAACCGAGAGCAGACAGAUGAGUGGAAAGGCUGGAUGCAGCUUGUCAUCCUCAUCUAUCACAUAUCUGGUGCUAGCGCUUUCAUUCCAGUGUACAUGCACGUGCGGGUGCUGGUGGCAGCGUACCUUUUUCAGACUGGCUAUGGACACUUUUCCUUUUUCUGGCUCAAAGGAGACUUUGGACUGUAUAGAGUGUGCCAGGUGCUUUUCCGUCUAAACUUCCUGGUCUUGGUGCUGUGUGUGGUGAUGGACAGACCCUAUCAAUUCUAUUAUUUUGUCCCACUGGUCACCUUCUGGUUUGUCGUCAUCUACGCUACACUGGCCAUGUGGCCUCAGAUCCUGCAGAAGAAAGCCAACAGUAGCGGUAUAUGGCACCUCGGGGUCCUGGCAAAACUACUUGGUCUCCUUCUGUUCAUAUGCUUCUUUGCCUUUUCACAGGGUUUCUUUGAGAGCAUCUUCUCCAUGUGGCCCAUCUCCAAGCUCUUUGAGCUGAACGGAAGCAUCCACGAGUGGUGGUUCAGAUGGAAGCUGGACCGAUUUGCGGUGAUACACGGCAUGUUAUUUGCUUUCAUCUAUCUGGUGCUGCAGAAGCGCCAGGUGCUGUCAGAGGGCAAAGGAGAAGCUCUCUUCUCUGUCAAGAUUUCCAACCUGCUCCUCUUCCUCUCUGUUGUCUCCUUCAUAACUUACUCAAUAUGGGCCAGCAGCUGCAAAACCAAAACAGAGUGCAACGAGAUGCAUCCUUACAUCUCUGUGGUCCAGAUUUUGGCCUUUAUUCUCAUCAGGAACAUUCCUGGCUACGCCCGCUCUAUAUAUAGCUCUUUCUUUGCAUGGUUUGGAAAGAUCUCCUUGGAGCUGUUCAUAUGCCAGUAUCACAUUUGGCUGGCAGCAGACACCAAGGGAAUUUUGGUCCUGAUUCCAGGAAACCCUUCACUAAACAUCAUGCUCAGCACCUUCAUCUUUGUUUGUGUGGCUCAUGAGAUUUCCCUCAUCACCAAUGACUUGGCCCAGGUGGUUAUCCCCAAAGACAGCGUGGCCCUGCUCAAGAGACUGGGGGCUGUGGGGCUCUUCAGUCUGAUUGUACUGCUGCUAGCCAGAGGCAGCCAGCCCACACCCGGUGCCUGAUGGACACCUCUUUAUUGGGGGGCACAAAAGACUCGCUAAGCCCCUGCUGAGAUUGAAGUAAGGUACAGAUCCAAGCCAGGAGCAGGCCCGGGGUUUGAGGCUACUGGCGGCCACAGGCGACAAUAAGGAACCCACGGGAGAUCACCGCUGGCCAUGUUUGAGCAGAGUCUGUACUUUUUGACUGCUGUGAAAGUCGCACACUGAAGAAAAGAAAAAUGCCCAGAAAAGAGGACAUUGCUCCUUUUAAGUGCAAAUGGUAAGAGAAAAAAGAACAAUAACGCUCGAAAUGUUUACAUUAUCUGGAUUCAACAUAGGAGAAACUUGGAGAUGUGGAGUUUAAUUUAAAACAAAAAGAGGUCCUCUCAUUUCAACGCCUCGUGCUUGCUGUGUGAAUUUUUGCAGCGUUGCUUCUAUUUAGCCAAACACACAAAUAGGAAGUUUAUUUUGUCACAUACAGUACUUCCUGUCAUUACUUCAAUUUGGAAGAGACCACUGGGCACACACUCCGUCCACAUGGCAGUAGCAGCUGAAGGUAUUUUCACUCAGGUGGAUCCAUAACCUACAUAUUCAGAUAUCUACUCUUUUACGAUAACAUGUUCAAUUGUGCUGCAGUUUAUUAUCAGCAUUACUUUGUACAGUAUUUCUGGUGACUUUAGAACAGUGUUAGAUAUCUAAAUAUGCAAAAUAUGGACCAGCAACUAGUUUGGGUGAUC